AUGCCUAGCCCUGGGACUAUGGGGGCUGUCGGUGAGGAUGAAGAGAACCCGUCCCCCUCCCUGUCACUCCUGCAGAGACUCAAGAGGCUUAGAGAGUGGCAGGAGAGACAACAAAAGGAGUUACUGCAGACACAGGCAUACGCACACACCUCCACGGGCCCCUACCUCCCUCCUGUGCUAGAGGAAAGUCAAACUAACUUGGAGGCCACGCUUAUUGAGGACUCCACACCUGCUCCUGCGGUGCCUCAGAGAGUAGAGGAUCACUGUACUCCUGCAGAACUCCCUGGGGUAGGACCUGCAUCCCCUGUGGUUCCUGUGACUUCAGAUCUACAAGUGAAGUUCACCGGUAUUGAGGACUUUACAUCUACUUCUACUGCAGGGCCUCAGGGUUACCAUACUCCUGCAGGAUCCACAGGGGUAGGACCUGCAUCUCUUGUGGUACCUGUGGCCUCAGUACACCUUGUGAAAAGUCCCUUGAGCUUGCCAGAGAAGGUUAAUGCUGGGUGGCUAGAAGAAGACAUCAGAGACAACCUUCCCACACAUGACAAGCCUUACACAGGGAAGGUGGAUGCUGGGAAUAAAUGGGAGAGGGAAGGCAGCACUAGUGAGAGACAAGCGUCACCUCUCUCAUCACCAGGAUCCUACAUGGUUGCUGAUGCCUUACACCCACUUCAGUAUGACCCAGAGAAAUGUGACAGACAGGAUGAGAGGGAUGUAAGGGAGACGGAGAGUGAAUAUGACACACUCCACACCACUGACACCCAAGAAGAGACUCCGUAUUCUCUCCCCUCAGCCUCACUCUCCCCUCAUGAGGACCCCAACAAGUGUUUGGAUGAGAGCAUGGAGGAUCUCUUGGGUGGGGAGGAAAGAGUGCCAUACAGAUCAGAUAAGUACAAAUCAGCUGUGCCAAACAAGGAGGGUUUGAGGACACCAGAACCAAGCCAGGCGGUGAAGAAUCUCAUGCCCAGCAGACCAUUUUUCUCAGCUCUCACCAAGGGGUCCGAGGAUGGUCCUGAGGGCAUGGAGGAGCCACCAAGGCCAAGACGCAGGUUCCUGAAGAAGGGACAAGGGACAGCAAGGUUUAAGAUGAGGCCAAUGAGACUGAGAAGACCAACGACAGAGGCAGAGGAGGAGUGUGGCUGGCAGGGUGGCAGGGACGUCCCCCAGGCACCCUCCCCUGCACGAACACCAACAAGGAGUCAGUUCAGGCUACCUGUGCAAAGCCUUCAUCUGCUGGGGGCCCCUCCUGCUCUGGAUGGGCAAAGAAGCUACAGGACUCAGGGCUUACAAGGGACACCAAAGAGCAGUGCUGAGCCAGUGUUAGCACCAACUCGGCAAUCCACCCACCCUGCCAGGCCUUCAGCACCCGCUCAGCAUCCCUCUACCUACCCCACCACCCAAAACCCUGCCAGGCCUCCAGCAUCCACCCUGCAACCCAGCCAGGCCACCACCCAGAGAACCACCAAGCCUCCACCAAUCCUUCGUGACCUUGAGAAGCAGCAGCGUAAAGAGGAAGUAGAGUUGUCAGCCUUUGAAAAACUGGAGGAGUUAGCAGACGACUCCAGCUUCUCCUCCAACUCCUCCACUGUUUGGGGGCUCCUGAGACAAGGCCAGCAGUCCGUCUCCUCCACCCCCCUGCGCACACCUCCCCCUCUGGCCCUGCAGGAGACCCCAGUUGUUGGCUCCCUCAAUGCAAAGCCAAAAAACCUUGCUGAGUCACACUUCAAUGAGGGCCUGGCAUAUAGAGUCCUGCCCCCAGUGUCAGCAUCUCAGCAGCAGCAGGCGGCAUCACCGGUGGAUGUGAGGGAGGUGUUGGCACAGCUGAAGGCCAUUGUCAGGCUGGAGGGGCACAGCAUCAGCGACAUCACUGAGUCAGACAUCCAGUCAUUCCUUGAUAGCCGCCAGCCGUCUCAUGUCCCACACCAGACCAGCACGCCUGUCUCCCCCCAGCCUGCCCUGCCCCCCCAGGCCAGGCCCCACCACGUGCACUUUGCCAGCGAGGGCGUGGAGGUGAUGGAGUACCAGUUGUCGGACACCGAGGGGGAGGACACAUUGACGGACGCCACCUCCUUGGACAGUGACAUGAUGACCACCUCAGACCUGGAGGCGCUCACGCAGCUCAACAUCAGAGGAGCAACUGCUGACCCUGACAGGCAGCAGGGUCUGUCAUGCCGGGAGACUAAUAGCUCUGACACCUCCUCCUCAGGGGAAGCCACACUCACAGAGCAGGAGCCACCACAGAACCCCCAGCCAGUCGUGUUGAACUUCUCUCCUCCACCCCCACGCCCUCCACAGUCUGCUUCUAACUACAUUUGGUCCAUUUUUGGCAAGGAGAGGGAUGCCAAGAAGCUCACAGCAUCCAAACCAGCUUCAAAGAAGACCACAAAAGAGGCACUGCACCAGCCACCACCAAAACCCCCAAAGGCUGAAAGGAGGAAUGUGCCAAGUGCCUCACAGGCGAGCCAAAAGGCAGAUGCCGGUCAGGAAGAAUUGGAGGUACACAAGACUCUGCUUCUUGCCAAGGUUGCAGAGCUGGAGAAGGAGACAAAGCAAUUCAAGAAGGACAAUGCAAAACUUAAGAAACUUCAGCAAGACGUGGAGCAGGAGAAACAGAAACUAGAGGAAGAGAAAUGGAAGUUCCAUGAGGAGACGGCAUCCGAGAGGAGGAGGUUUCAGGAGUAUGUUGACCGUGAGAGGAAUGCCUUGUGGUCUGAGAGGCAGCGGGUGAUUCAGCAGCCAUCCCCACCUGUGACGCAGCCUCAGGAACAUGUGAUGGAGGUGAUACGGCUGAGGGAACAGGUCAGGCUGAUGCAGGAAGAGGCCGAGAGGAAGGAGUCGCUCAACCAGUUCACCGUCAAGAAGCUGAACAACCGGAUAAAGACUUUAGAGAAUGAAAACAGGAGGUUACAGGAUAGAAACAAGUCAAUGCAGGCCCUGGAGAAGGAAAACCAGGACCUCCGCCUUAAAGUGGACAGGGCCAAGGCAGGUGGGAGGACAAGACUAACCACUCAGCCCGCUCUGACCAACAAGGCAACCCAAGGCAGACCGAAGACAGGCAUCAGACCCACGACCGUCGACGGAGUGACAAAAACACUUGAUAGGCUGACCAAACCCCAGCCAGUGAUCAUCAAGGACGCACAGACCAAAACAAAGAGCAACAAGCAAGACCUAACCAACAACAACCUCAGAAUAGGACCUGUGGAGAGUGAUGAAGCCAUGCUGAAGCAGGGAAGCAAUGCCAAGGCUCAUCUGCCUCACACACCAGACCAAGACACACUAGUAGCUGAAGAACCAUCUUGUCCCACACCCGCAGCAGAUGACCUGAAGCACAGUGAGGGUCAGUCUCUUCUCCCUAGUGUUCCUGGAUGCUCAGAGGACCCUGGGUUGGAGCACACGGAGAGGCUGAGGGAGGACGGGGUGCGGGAGGUAAUCUAUGCCAACGGGAACAGGAAGGAGAUAUACCCAAGCGGAGAUGUGACAGUGAGCUUCUACAAUGGCGACCGGAAGGAGGUGAAAGCCGACAGGACGGUGUAUGUGUACGGCAGCGACCACACCAGCCAUACCACAUUCUCAGAUGGGCGGGAGGAGCUCAUCUUCCCCAACGGGCAGCAGGAGACGCGGCACCCAGACGGCUCCUCGGAAAUCUUGUUCCCUGACGGCUCCCGGAAGUCUGUGAUGAGUGACGGCAUGGAGAUCUGCACCACCAAGGACGGGUCGGUGGUGCGGACCAACCCAGACGGCAGCAAAGUGUUUGAGUUCCCGAGUGGCCAGAGGGAGGUGCACUGCGGCGGGGAGAAGCGGCGGGAGUACCCCAAUGGAACAGUGAAGAUCGUCCACCCUGAUGGGAGGACGGAGACGCGGUACAACUCUGGGAGGAUACGGAUCAGAGACAGGGAAGGGAAUGUGAUCCUUGACACUCAUGUUAAUCUGUCUCCUCCUCAUCCUUCUUCUCUGCCCUCCUAGAUGCAAUACAGCUCAGGGAGGGGAAGGACCAGGGUCAGGGGUGUAAAAUGAUCCUUAAGACAUAUCUGCUCUUCCUCCUCUUUUUCUACCUUCCUGAUAAAUGGGAGUUCACUUAAGUGUUGUAAACACCAGCCCAGCUUACAAUGACAAGGAAGAGAAGAAAAAAAAAAGUCUUUCAUCCUUGUCCUCUUCCUCUUUUUACCUUAAUGCUUUGUAGUUUCCUUUCCUCUUCUGGUCCAGCCAACUCCCUGUUCUGCACCCUUGUACAUUCUUAGUACAGUUACCUCAUUGCAUCUCUUUGCAAAGACCAAUUACUGUCUUACAGGUAUUGACUGCAUAAUAUUUCUCUCUCUUUCCAAAGAUGUGUAAAAGAAUCUUGAAUGUCUAUGCUACAAAGGAAUGUUUAGAAGUGUCUUGGAUUAUUAGCUCUCUGGUUGGAUGGAUGGGUAAGUUGUGUGUGAAUGGCAAGUUUCUCUCUUCCUGUACAUGACUUAGGUUUUGGCUUGCUGUUGUGUGUUCCUCAGUGUUGUGUUUCCUGUGCUGGUCCUUCAUGACCGAGCUGGACCUUCAGGACUAUUCCAACUGGAGUCUUGGACCUGCCAGGAAAUUCCUUGUGCAGCAGUUUUUGUAAUGACCAACACUAGGCAGGGGCUGUGUUCCUCUUUGGGAAUCUUCAUAAAAAUACAUUAGGCUGAGGGAAAUAUUUUAGUCAAUACUUCAGCCAAAAUAUAUUUUUUUGUUAUGCAUUUACUGGGUGAGAAGAACCAACGUAUUCCACCUAUGCAUCAAUGCUUCCCACUAACUUCUCAUGCUUUGAACAAGAUGUACCAAUACCAUGCACACAAUUUUCUGUACCCCCCAGCUGUCAUGUUGUGCUGGGGCUGCAAGGACAGCAAUACCUGCCGUGUAUGAGUCUGUCUGCACAAGAUUGGUGUGGUCUGCGGGUCUUUAAGUGUCUUGGUGAAUGGUUAUGCAAGUUAUUUUUUUGGUGUGUGUAUGUGUGUGUUUGCACAAUGUUAACUGAUCUGAUGUGUGGACUUUCAUAAGGAUCUUGUAACAAGAAAGCAUAAUUGAUGUGUAGGUCAACUUCAGCUUUGAUAUCUUUUAUGGUCCUUUUGGUGUUGAUCAGCAUCAUCUAGUUUGUUCUGUUUCAAGGUGUCACGUGCUCAGAAGUAAGCACAAGCUUAAGUCUGCACCUUGGGAAGCCUGUGAAAGGAGAGACUGUUUUCUUGUGGACAUAAUCUUCAUAGCAUAUUUUUCUGUAAAUGUGAAAUUAAAAUAAAAAUGCAUUAGUAA